CUGAAUGCGCGAGGGGCGCUUGUGAUAACAACAGGUGACGACUAAUUAAUAGCCCGGUUUGCAUUUUAGCGUAAACAAUAUGUACGCUUUUAUUUUACGAAAUGUCGGGGUGGGCGUGCCAGCAAGGUUUUUCGCCACUGCAGCUAAGGAAAGGGCCGUUCCAAUAGUGCGACCGAUAAACAAAAUUUUAAUUGCGAACCGCGGAGAGAUCGCUUGUCGUGUAAUUCGCACCGCCCGUAAGCUUGGAGUUCGCACCGUAGCAGUGUACUCAGAUCCUGACGAGCAUGCGCUUCAUACGCUUCAGGCGGAUGAAGCCUACCGCGUUGGCGAAGCAGCGUCGGCUUCAUCGUACUUGCGCGGGGACCGAAUUCUGGAGAUCGCCAAACGGUCUGGUGCCCAAGCAAUACACCCCGGCUAUGGUUUUCUUUCGGAAUCGGUGGAGUUUGCUAAACUAUGCCAAGAGGAAGGCAUAGUUUUUAUGGGGCCACCCAGCUCUGCCAUUCGAGACAUGGGCAUAAAAAGCACCAGCAAGGCUAUCAUGGCAGCAGCCGGUGUGCCCAUUAUUAAUGGCUAUCACGGCGAAGAUCAGUCGGAUGAGUGCCUGAAGGCUGAAGCGCAAAAAAUCGGUUUUCCACUUAUGAUUAAAGCCGUCCGAGGUGGUGGUGGAAAAGGCAUGCGGAUUGCCGAAAAUCCUGAAGACUUCAUUACAGCGUUGAACUCCGCACGUACCGAAUCACAAAAAUCCUUUGGCGACAGUUCGGUUUUGUUGGAGCGCUACGUUCGCUCGCCUCGACACGUGGAAGUGCAAGUAUUUGCUGAUCAGUAUGGCGAUGCCGUCUAUCUGUGGGAGCGCGAUUGUUCGGUGCAGCGGCGCCAUCAGAAAGUAAUCGAAGAAGCGCCAGCGCCCGGCUUGUCAGAGGACUUGCGUCGCGAAUUGGGAGAAGCUGCCGUUCGUGCGGCCAAAGCAGUGGGUUAUGUCGGAGCGGGCACCGUUGAGUUCAUACUUGACAAAGAAGACUUGUCGUUCCACUUCAUGGAAAUGAAUACGCGCCUGCAAGUGGAGCACCCCAUCUCCGAAAUGAUAACUGGCACGGAUUUGGUUGAGUGGCAGAUUCGCAUUGCUGCGGGUGAGCCGCUACCGCUUACUCAAGCUCAAAUAACACGCAACGGACACGCUUUCGAGGCUCGGAUCUAUGCUGAGAAUCCAAGAGGUGGCUUUCUUCCCGGAGCAGGACCUCUGCGCUAUCUGGCUACACCUCUGCCCAGCCCGGAGGUGCGCAUAGAGACUGGCGUUCGCGAAGGCGAUGAAGUGUCCAUUCAUUACGAUCCAAUGAUUGCCAAACUAGUGGUAUGGGGUGAAAAUCGCACUCAAGCGCUCAACUCAUUAAUUGCGCGCCUCCGUGAAUACAAUAUUGCUGGUCUCGAAACAAACAUAAACUUCCUUAUUGAUUUAGCCGCGCAUCCCGAAUUUCAACGGGGCAACGUGCACACGGGUUUUAUUGACGAGCAUUUCGAUACACUCUUCCCACCUAUUGCCGUUACAUCUCAGCAGUUGAGUCAAGCAGCUCUGGCUUUGGUGUUCAAUGAAAUAGAGGUUGCCAACAGUAAUGCUAUGAAUAAGCAGGAUCCCUUCGCUGACGCUCAGAAUGCGCGCAUUAAUUACUCAUUGAUUCGCACUUACACCCUAAAGGCUAGCGACAAAGUACACAUCGUUGAAGUAAAAUAUGAUAACGACGCCAUGCAAAUACGGGUAGACAAAUGUGCAUGGCAAGUGGUGAAGGCUACGCGCGUGCAGGACGGCACUCGUUUAAAAAUACGUGCCAACAUCGAUAAUGAUAUUUCAACGUUUAAUGCCAACAUCGACGGUGAAAGCAUUUCACUAUUUCUAGAGCAAGGUAAAUUAGAUUUUGAGCUUGCUCAGCCCAAGUUCCUCAGUGCACAGAACGAUUCACUAGGUGGCGGCGGCUCCAAAGUCAUAGCACCUAUGCCGGGUGUGUUGGAGAAAGUCCUGGUAAAGCCAGGAGAUAAGGUCAAAAAGGGCGACAGUCUGGCCGUGCUAAUUGCUAUGAAAAUGGAGCACAUUCUGAAGGCACCCAAAGAUGCGAUCAUCAAAUCUAUAGGCGGCGCCGAGGGAGACAAUGUGGCCAAAGGUGCAGCUGUAAUAACAUUCGAAGACGAAGAUCCGACUCCCCCCUAGACCUGAGCCAAUGUCCUCACGUACCAGAGAUAUGCAUUUAUUUACAUAAAGAAUUGAAUUCCUUUUUUAUGUUUUGUUGAUUUGUUAAGUUUGUUGGGUCUGAUUAGCAUAUGUUAUUGUAAUUGUAAUGCCAUAUAAUUGGCUAUUGAUGUACCUUGGGCUUUACCGUAAUAAAAUUACAUAUGCAUUUCCAUAA